UCAACUUCUUCCUAUAUAAAGCAAAGUUGCACCAAAGCAACCUGAUAAAAUAUAAAGAACAAGUAAGACUUUGCAAUAUAAACAUCUUCCUUAGUUGUUGGAGUUUACACCCAUUGGAAAUUCCGAGAGAAGAGUUCAGAUCGUGUCAGAGACUUUAUGUAUUACCAAAACCAGCACCAAGGAAAGAGCAUCCUCUCUUCUUCAAGAAUGCACUUAGCUUCUGAAAGGCAUCCAUUCCUUAGAGGAGGGAACAGUCCAGGAGAUUCUGGUCUCAUCCUUUCAACCGAUGCAAAGCCACGCUUAAAAUGGACUCCUGAUCUUCAUGAGAGAUUCAUCGAAGCAGUUAAUCAGCUUGGUGGAGCAGACAAAGCAACUCCUAAAACAAUCAUGAAAGUCAUGGGUAUUCCAGGGCUUACCUUAUACCAUCUCAAAAGUCAUCUUCAGAAAUACAGGCUGAGCAAGAAUCUCAACGGACAAGCUAACAGCGGCUUAAACAAAAUAGGUAUGAUGACCAUGAUGGAAGAAAAGAGCCCUUCUGAUGCAGACGAAAUUCAAAGUGAGAGUUUAAGCAUUGGACCACAGCCAAACAAGAACUCACCUAUAGGUGAAGCACUGCAAAUGCAAAUAGAGGUCCAAAGAAGACUUCAUGAGCAACUUGAGCGACAUUUGCAGCUCAGGAUAGAGGCUCAAGGGAAGUACUUGCAAUCAGUUCUGGAGAAGGCACAAGAGACUCUUGGAAGACAGAACCUGAGUCCAGCUGGGAUCGAAGCUGCCAAAGUUCAGCUCUCGGAGUUAGUAUCCAAAGUAUCAGCAGAGUACCCAAACACUAGCUUCCAGCUCGAACCAAAAGAGUUUCAAAACCUAUGCACACAAACAACUUAUCCACCUGAUUGUUCCCUCCAAAGUUGCUUGACCUCAAGCGAGGGAGCUCAGAAAAACCCUAAAAUGCUAGAGAACAACAGGUUAGGGCUAAGAACAUAUAUUGGUGACUCAACAUCCGAGCAGAAAGAGGUUAUGGAAGAACCAUUGUUCCAAAGGAUGGAGCUCACGUGGACGGAAGGUCUGAGAGGGAAUCCAUAUCUUUCAACGUCAAUGGUUAGUGGCGCUGAACAAAGAAUCUCAUAUUCGGAGAGGAGUCCAGCUACACUGACAAUGGGAGUAGGAAUGCACGGACACAGAGGUCAUCAACAAGGAAACGUAAAUGAGUAUAAAGAAGAAAGAUUCACUGAUAAGAGUGAGGAACAUAAGCUUGAAACUCAAAGCACAAAGACAGAGCUAGAUCUCAACACACAUGUCGAGAACUACUGUACAACGCGGCCGAAACAGUUCGACUUGAAUGGUUUUAGCUGGAACUGAAAAGGAUUUAACCAAAGGGUUAAAGAUACAUCUUGAAUCAAGAUUCUUGAGGAAAAUGUACCACGCUAUUCAUUGUUAUUAGCUCAUAUAUAUACAGAGAAGUGUCUUAACUUCAA